AUGAAAUUAACCAUUAUUAAGUCAAAUGUUGAUAAAAUUUUGAGUUCAAUAGAGAACAAAGAGGAAGUUAUAAAUAUUACAGCAAUAAAAUGCAAUUUAGACAAUAUACCAAAUGUUUUAGAUUUUCCAAACCUAAAAGUAUUGGAUCUAUCAUAUAAUAAUAUAUCUUCACUUGAAAAUUUACCAAAUUCAAUAGAAUAUUUAAAUUUACAACAUAAUCAAAUUGAAUAUUUUGAGGACUUAGAAUUUCCACCAUCAUUAGUAUAUUUAAAUUUCAAUGGAAAUAAGGCUUCUAAUAAGAUUUAAUAUAGGAGUAAAUUAAUAAAGUAAAUAAAAAAGACAUGUCGUGAAUUUAAAUAUUUGGAUAAUGUUCCAAUAAAAUUGCGUUAUGCAGAGAUGCCUAUUAACAUAAAUAAAUUUGAUAAGAUUAUGGAUUUUACAUAUGAGAUGUUCGGAGAGGAUUUUUGA